GCGCACCGCUGGGAGACAAGGGGGCGUAGAAUACGUACGCAGCGGCCCCGCGGCCGCAGAGGCUGCUGGGAACGCGGCGCCGAGUUGAGUUUUCCCGCCACCGCUGAGGGGAGCGGAGCGUGUCGUGCCAUGUCUCAGACCGACCCCGAGGUGCUCCUGCGGGAGCUGGGCGGCUGGGACUGGGAACUGUGCCGCAGGGAGCUGCCCGCCGUCCUGCCCCGGCUCCUCUCUAUGUAUCAAGAGUCCGAAGACUGGACUGAGCACAUCCGUGUUUUGAGGAUCCUGACUGAAAUGUUUUUGCCUCAUAUCAGCCUUGGAGAUUUGGAAGAAACGUUUUUCUCUAAAGUAUUACCUAAGACUCUACGGUUAUAUGAUAAAUUAAUGUAUGAACUCUCCAGUGAAGCCAAAGGAUUAACUGACCAGAAUACAGAGUUACGCAGUACUGUAAGGAAUCUUUUACAGACUGUAGUGCAACUCCUGGAAACUCUGACCAGUUGUGUACGAUACAUCUGUACACUGCAAGACUGUGUGCCCUUGGAGAGUAUCCGCACCCUGCCAUCCUCUGUUCUUUAUGUCAUAAAGAACACAUUUACACACUGCAAGGAUAGCGAAUCAGUGUACUGUGGGCAUCUGCACUUGAUUUCUGACCUCCUGCAAGCUGUGUUCAAGGAAACUUAUUCUCUUCAGAAACAGCUAAUGGAACUGUUUGAUCAGAUUUCUGUGGGGUCUGCAUCUACUGAAGAUGACAUCACAGAUAUGGUGUCAGUAAUUCACACCGUGCUGGAGAUCUGCUCUGUCAUUUCCAAUAUGGACCAUGCUCUUCAUGCCAAUACAUGGAAGUUCAUAAUCAAGCAAAGCCUGAAGCACCAUUCUCUGCUGAAGUGCCAUCUGAAACACAGUGACAUCCUCAGCGGUCUGUGCAACGAUACUCUGCUUUCUUUUCACUCCAGUUUACAACUAGCUGAGGAAAUGAAGAUGUCUGACAUUCAGGAUGGCACUGACCUCAGGCUAUUCCAGAAGACUGUCAAACUGUGCAGAUUCUUUGCCAAUUCCCUGGUAUACUACACCAAGGAAUUUCUUCCUUUCCUGUCUGACUUAUGCUCACAGUUGCAUCAACUGUUCCUUCAGAUAUACAGCAAAUUUCCUCCCAGUCUUUAUGCUCCAGCGAUCCCAGAGGUACAUCAAGAUGAAAUAUCGCGGGUUUUUCUUGUGGCUCUAGAUCCUCUCGUCAGUCAGCUUCUUCCCUUUAGCCCUUUCAUGGAGCAAGUGCUAAGGGACACUUCAGGUCUUCCUGCUGAGCAGCAGCUGCCCCAGUGUCUCCUUCUGAUUACCAUCAUGGACAAGCUGUCUUCUCAGCCUGAAGAAGUACAGACUCUCUGGAACACAGGAAAACGCCUGUCUUUUCUCUCAGCUCUUUUCCAGAGUUUCCAGCAAUGUUUUGCCGAGCUUUCUCUCCCUGUUUGUUUGCCAGAAGUGAUCAGUACAGGACAGCCAACAGUCCCCAUCACCCUGUACCAUUAUGUCUGUGUCCAUCUGUGCUCCUUCAUUGCUUCCACACUCCCAUCACAAUUUCCUCAUCUGGAGCACGCUCUGCUGGAUGCUGUGCUGGGUUCUAGUAUGAUCACAUCCCUGCUAGCAAUGGACUCAUGGUGCUUCCUUUCUCGGUAUGGAACAGCUGAACUGUGUGCUCACCACUGUAUGGUGAUUGCUCACUUGAUAAAGUCGUGGCCCAAUGAGUGUCAUCAGGUCUCAGUCUUGGGUGUGCUGCUGAAGCGCAUGCUGUUCUUGAUGGCUCCAGAUCAUCAGGUGGAAUUUGCUCACAAAUUUCUCCCGGAAGAAGUGGAAAACUUGGCUGUGUGGCAGCACGUGUCCCUCAGAGCCCUGAACCCUGAUCUUGGGAAGCGAGUGGUACGGGAGCUCUGCAUGGCAGCGCUGGCGCAGUGCAGGCGGUGGCUGAGCAGCAGGCGUGCCUGGGGAGAGCUCCAACCUGUGAAUGUUGCCUUUUCUGUCUUGCUGGUUACCUGCAAUUUUUCUGGUGAUGCUUUGGAGGCAGAACUUCGGACAUCUAUUUUGGGAGUGCUUGGUCAGUUCUGGACUUUCCUUCAGGCUAAGCAGGUCUCAGAUGAACCAUGUCUCCAGCAGACGUUGUGUUUAUUACUUCAGCUUCUGGAGUUUUUCAUCCAAGCAUUAGAUGCUCAACUAAUUAGCCAGGUAUUUUCCCUGCUGUCUUCCCUUCUCCGGAUGGAUCCCCCCGAUCACGUUCGUCAAGCAAUGCUGGAUUUUCUCUCUUCUGUGGGGAAGGUGUUUAUACCACCAGAAGUACAGAGGCAAGUUGUCCCCCAGCUGUCCUGUUUGUUUGCUUCUCUGCUAGCUGACCAAACCUGGUUGAUUCACCAGCGUGCACUGGAGGCAUUCAGACGCUUUGCAGAGGAAACAAUCCAUGAAGAUGUUGUUCCUCAGUGCCUUGAUUCUGAAGAAAUUAAGAAUAAAGUUGUUAAUUUUAUGGCUAAGGUAAGGCAAGGCGAAGAGACAACAGAAGCACGUAUAGAACGCCUGAAACAAGAAAGGAUUACCUGUGGUGCACAUUUUAUGAAAAUGGUUGGGGAACUGGAGUCAACAGGAGAGCCUCUGGCAAAACGAGCGUGUCACCCCCCGUCUGAGGAGCAGUACAAGUCAGCAGUAGGCACAAUGGAGGGGGCAGUGGAGGCCGUGAAGCUGCUGCUGCAGAAAGGAUCACCCCCUGCAUGGGUUGCAGUGAAACUGGAGGCUCUACAUACAGCUAUAGCCAUCCUCAGAGACAGCAUACGAAAAAAACUGUGACAUGAGGCGAUGCUCUGCUGCACUGCUAAGUCUUGGUUAAUAUCCCCAAAUGAACUGAGGCCCAUCUUACAUACCUGCUGUCUGGAUGAACAGUAUGUUUUAAUGGACACCUCUGAGCUGACUUUUGUACACUGCUGCUGUCUAGGUUAGUCAUCUUAAGCUCUGCUGUGAUGAUAAACGUUUCAUGAAAUUUUAUUUUGAAUAUUGCUACGUUUGAAUCUGUUGUGAAAAUAACAGUUACCAUUGUUCCUGUCACACAUGGGAUGAGCAGUAGGUGCUGUGUGUUAAUAUUUUAAAAUACACUUAAAAAUAACAACAUAAGGCUCUAUGCUGUUCUCUGAACACUGUUGGUUCUACUCCAGACUAGGGUCAUCUUUUAAAAAUAAUCUUUAUUCAUCACAGUUAAGAGCAGAAUAAAUGUGGCGCUUAAAUGGUUUGAGUUGAACAGUCCUUCACCGUGCAUUUCCUAGCACCUUUUAUGCAAUUCAUGGAAAGAGUUUCAUAAACAGAAAUAAAUAUGUUGUACAGAUUAAUUUUAAAAUCAUCUUACAGCUAAAAUGUUACAAGGAUCAAUUUCUAAGGGCUUUCUUGCCAGGGAAAAAAAAAAAAGCAACAAAAAUAACAAGCCCAAUAAACGGGUAAAUCAGAACAAUUUUCAUUUAUUGUCAUCAGAGCAGAGAUGAGUUUUGCUUGCACCACCACUCAGCCUCCAUCAACAUGUCAGCACCAAUGCACCCAUCCUGCUGUUCCUCUCUCCAGCAGCAUGGCACACACCACAGCUGGGCCUAUUGCUCAAGUGCAGGCCUCACCCCCCUGCAUUUUUUGGCACAGAUUGGAAAGGAGCAUCCA